AUGGCGCCAGGACGUGGUCGAAAACGCGCUGCGAAUGCCAUUGAUCCGACCAACCAUGGCGCGUCUGCUGAGUCUAGCUCUCAGCGCGCCCCUAAACAUGCGCGCACCUCACAUGACCAAGCCCCACAGCCCACACCCGGCGCAUCGCAAGCAAACUCCAUCUUCAUUGACGAUGACGAGGAUGAAGACGAAGACGACGCCUCGCAGGAGGCUCCUGACGCUACCCAGGGCUACAGCCAGCAGUACGAUGAAUACCUGUUGUACGGCAUCUUGGACAACAAUAUUGUCGGCGUCAGGUACUACACUGGAUACGCCUCGCGCGGCGAAAUGGUAGUUCUGCGACGAGAGCCGCACAACCCGUACGAUGCAAACGCGAUUCGCUUCGACAAUGUCGCGGGCCAGCAAAUCGGCCAUCUUCCUCGGACGUUGGCGGCGAGGCUGGCUAAAUACCUGGACGACCGCAGUUUGCUCGUCGAGGCCAUGCUCACGGAUGAAAAGGGCUACUAUGAAUGCCCGGUUCAGCUGAGGCUCUAUGGUACGAAUGAUCCCGUGCUGCGGCUCGAACUCAUGGCCAGGAUGAAGAAGGAUAGGCUGCCUGUAGUCCAUGCCACCGAGCGACAGCGGAGCGAAGUUGCCGUUGUAAAGGAGCAGCAGCGUAACGAAGCUGCAUUUGCAAGAGAGCAACAGCGCAGAGCCAAACAGGCUGCUCGAAAGCAAACGAAAAAGGACCCCGUCCCGGAAAUUGUCGGUCCAGAGAACAGCAUGGCAGAGUAUGCGGCAAGCCUAUCUCGAGACGAUGCAUCACCGGCAAAGCGUAACCUCAACGACAUCAUCAAGGCCAGCGAGCGAUUCAAUCCCAGAAACAUUGAGCAACUGGCUGAAGACUUUGGAGUCAAGGAGGAAGAUUUAGCUGCGAUGCCUCAAGCUCCCCAGCCUGAUGCUCUUCUCACCGAACUGCGCCCCUUCCAGCUACAGGGUCUGCAGUGGAUGCUCGACAAGGAGAGCCCCAAGCUUCCUACCAAAGCCAAUCCAAAGCCGGUUCAGCUAUGGCGGCCACAUAGUCGCGAGCCCGAUGUCUACACGAACGUGGCGACCAUCUUCUCCGUCAAGAACCCCGCUCUGGCUUCUGGCGGCAUACUCGCUGACGACAUGGGUCUGGGCAAGACUAUUCAGACCAUUUCACUCAUUGUUGCUGACCGAGCACUGGGCCGCCGCGCCAAAGACGCAACCCAUGCUACCUUGAUCCUUGCGCCCGUCUCCGUCAUGAGCAACUGGAGUUCGCAGAUGAAGACGCACAUCAAGCCAGAACAUGCACUCCGCGUCAUGUUCUGGCACGGACAGAGAAAGGAGCCAAUCACCCCCAAGGACAUUGAGAAAUACGAUAUAGUCAUCAGCACCUACGAGUCCAUAUCCUCUGACUGGUACUCGCAGAAGAAACCUACUGUUCCGCGCAAGUCGGGACCAUUCUCCAUCAAGUGGCGCCGCGUCAUUCUGGAUGAGGGUCACAACAUCCGCAACCCCAAGGCUAAGAAAACGAUUGCUGUCACAAACCUCAUGGCUCAGUCGCGGUGGACGCUCACCGGCACGCCAAUCAUCAACAAUCUCAAGGAUCUGUACAGCCAGGUUCGCUUCCUGGGACUGUCUUCGGGCGGCCUGGGCUCCUUUGACGUCUUCCACGGCGCCAUCAUGCGACCAGUCAUGCAAGGCUCGGUACACGGUCAGCAGUUGCUUCAGAUGCUCAUGUCGGAUAUUUGUCUGCGCCGCAAGAAGGAAAUGUCGUUUAUCGACUUGCGACUGCCUCAGCUGCAUGAAUACGUACACAAGAUCAAAUUGCAUGCUCACGAGCAGGAAAAGUACGACGCCCUCGAGGCUCAGGCCAAGGGCCAGCUCGACCAGUACAAGAAGAAUAUCGGCAAGAAGCAGGCCGCGUCCACAUACCGACAUUUGCUCGAGGUACUGCUCCGCAUGCGCCAAGUCUGCAACCACUGGCGGCUCCUCGGCCAAGAACGUCUCGAUUCCAUCCUACAGCUGCUCGACCAAGAAGGCGGCAUUGACCUCACCGACGAGAACAAGAUUGCCCUCCAAAAGAUGCUCCAGCUAUCCAUUGACUCGCAAGAAGACUGUCCCAUUUGCAUGGACGUCUUCAAAGACCCCGUCAUAACAAAAUGCACACACACCUUUUGCACGCCGUGCCUGGAGCGCGUCAUAGAAACACAGCACAAAUGCCCCAUGUGCCGCGCCGAACUCGACUCCCUCGAAAGCACCACAGUCAAGCCCGCAAAGGAGAAAGCCGCGCGCGCACAAAAGCCGCCGACCCAAGACGAACUCGCGGACAAAGCAUCGCUAGAAAAAAACACAAGCUCAAAAGUCGAGGCCCUCCUCGACAUCCUGCGCGCAUCGGCGCAAGACCCCACUAACAAGACCAUCGUCUUCAGCCAAUGGACCUCGUUCCUCAAUCUCCUCGAGCCACACCUCGCCGCCCACGGCUUCCACUACGUGCGCAUCGACGGCAGCAUGACCGCCCCGCAGCGCGACGCGGCGCUCGAAACCCUCGCCUCCAACCCCACCACAACCAUCCUCCUCGCCUCGCUCGCCGUCUGCAGCGUCGGCCUCAACCUCGUCGCCGCAAACAACGUCAUCCUCAGCGACUCGUGGUGGGCCCCCGCCAUUGAGGACCAGGCCGUCGACCGCGUGCAUCGCCUGGGUCAAACGCGUGAAACAAAGGUUUUCAGGCUUGUCGUUGAGGACAGUGUCGAAGAACGCGUCCUCGGCAUCCAGGAGGACAAGAGACGCCUUAUGCGUCUUGCGUUUGCAGACAAGGACCGCCCCGCUAACAGGAAGAGGGACGCGGGUGCCGCUUUGCAGGAUUUGGCUAGGUUGUUGGGGACGCAGACCCCCCCCCCCAAAAAAAACGAGAGAGAGACAGAGAGAGGAUCAGCUCCGAACCAGACCAAAACUAAGCCAAACCAAGCGGCUGUACUGUGA